GUCUAAUACCAACGCUAAGACGAGCAACAUGGUCAACUUUGAGGAAGCUACAGAACUUGUUAAGAACUUUAAGAAGAAGCCCGCCGACUCAGAGAAUCUAGAGUUCUACGGACUCUACAAACAGGCCACCGUUGGAGAUGUGAACAUCGAUAAGCCAGGCAUGCUGGAUCUCAAGAAGAAGGUCAUGUAUGAAGCCUGGAGUUCGCGCAAGGGUUUGUCCAAGGACGCCGCCAAAGAGGCUUACGUCAGAGCCUACGAGAAGUAUGCACCCAAAUAUGCCUAAGAAAAAUUAUAAAUAAUGCAGAGUUUAAAUGUAAUUUAUAUGUGAAAUAAAUAACGCUUCUUACCCACAA